AUGGACAGGGUCGUCUGCAAAUGCGCCAAGUGCGAUGCCAUCCUCGGAAGCCUCAUCAAUCUCUGGCUGCAGCUCGGCAAGAAAUAUAUCACUCCGUUGACGCACGCCCAAGACGAUGACCCCUUUCCCAUUGCAACUUCUGGCCUCGUCCGACAGGGCGAUGCCGAUACCUUGGUCGGCGGCUGCCAACUGCAAGACGCCGAGUGUGCCAAGUGUCGCGCCAACUUGGGCCAGAAGUGCUUGAAAAGCCCCGUCAACCACGUUCUAAGCGAUGGCCAAAUCAUCUUUCGAAUCACUUCCGUCAUCUUGAAGCUGGCCGGCGACUUGCGACGCAAGGCCGAGCCCAAGAUUCAACGAGUUCUCCAGCUCAAGAACCAUGCGUCCGAACACCAAAAUGCGCCGUCAUCCCAGACAGAGUCGGUCAACCCUGAACCGGGCGCAGCCCAGAACAGCCCCGCCGCCGACAGCCCCGACUUGAUGCAGAUGCAAGCCGAACUCGACGCACAGCGCCAACACAUCAACCGCAUCGGCGCUACGGGAAUGCAGGUCGUGACCAAUUUCGAAACCGUCAUGGCUCGCGUGGACCGGCAGAUGCAACAGCUCAGCGAGUCCAUCGACAGCAUUCGGAAAGACCGCGACGAGCAGCGCAACGACCUCGGCGCUCUAAAGUCAGAGGUCGUGGACGCGAAAUGGGACUGUCAGAACAACAGUGUGGUCGCGCGGUUGGAUCAGCAACUUCAGACCACCGAUAGAGUGGUGACUGAGUUGCGGCAAGCUCUCCAUCAGUCCAAAUCUGAGACGCAAGGACUGCGCGAACAGUUGACCGUCGCGGAGCAGGCACUACAGGGUGCCAAGGGUGACGCGGCGACCCUGAAAACUCAGAUUGAUGAAACGAAUCAGGCAGUCCGUGAGAGCAUCGCCGCGUCUAGAGAGCACGUAUGUGAGGUUUCGUCGCUCAGGCGAGAGGUAAAGCAGCUGAGGGCAGAGCUGGCGCAAGAGCGCGCUCAGCCACAGCCGGCUGAACCCUCGUCCUUCUCCUCUCACGAGCUGGACAUACUCGCCAGCAGCAUUUCCAAGAUCGGCAACCGAGCUAGCCAAGUCGAGACCUUGCAGAUGGAUUUCGAGCUGUUCAGGGCGCGUCUCCAGCGCCUGGAGGCUCGCGCCAUCGCACCUGGCGCAAAUACAAGCAGGACAUUGGGCGUCGAGGCCCAUGCUCGCGACGACGACGAGGCUCAGCCAGUCUACGAAGGCAACGCUCGAAGGAAGCGCGCCUUGACCGCCAGGGACGACACACAAACUUUCGACAAGACGCCUCAAAAACGCGCGGCGCUCUCGCCGUCAGAUCUCGACAGCGGAGUGUCGACAGGUUGCAGCCGCGCGAGCGACCUUUAUGGAUCCUCCCGCAACACCCGCAGCUCGGCUCAGCGUCCCGGCCUCCGGCGAACUCGAGCAAAUGCUGGCGAUUACGGCACGACACGACGAGAAAGCUGGGCAGGUAGAGGCUGA